AGACUGGGCGCGAAGCGGUCUUCAGGUUUGGUCUCAGUUGCGCGGAAGUGAAACGACGCGGAGAUGGAGGUGAGCCAGGCGGCGUCUGGUACCGACGGUGUCCGGGAACGGAGGGGCUCGUUCGAAGCUGGAAGGAGGAACCAAGAUGAGGCACCUCAGUCCGGGAUGAACGGGCUUCCGAAACACUCCUACUGGCUGGAUCUCUGGCUCUUCAUCCUUUUCGACCUGGCCUUGUUCGUCUUCGUGUACCUCUUGCCCUGACCGGUUUGCUGAGUCAAGAAUGGGGCUUCUGGAGUGAAUCUUGAAAACGACUAUAGACUCUUGAAUGAAGAGGACUCCAGCAGCUGACUUCGGCACCUCUAUCUAACCUUUUCUUCAGCCCUUGACCUCACUAAAGUACUAUCAUAUGUUUAAAACCUGUUUUUCAUGGUUGAAGUAAUGAUUGUAGCUAAAUGAUAGAUAAUAUAUAUUUUUAAUAAUGUCUGUAACUUAAGUACUUAUGGGAAAUAAAUGUAUGUAAAAAAAAAAAGUUAUCUUUGUGAAGCUUACUUUCUCAAAUAUUGUUUUAAAACUAUGCUAUUAUAAAAUAAUUAUCUAGAGUUGAAUAGGUAGCACUUACUCAGAAAGGCCACAGUCCCAAAGCAGCUACUAGAAACAUUUUGGAAGCUGUUCCUUGUCAUCUUAAGACCUGGGUGAUUAGAAAUUCUUUACUGUUGGUUUUAGUGCUAUUCAGUAUAUGAGAACUGUCUAAAAUACUCAGAGGGGGUGUUCUUCUCCCUUAUAAUUCACACUAUUUGGUGAACUGUUUACAGUUGUCUUAAGAUACUGUUGCAUUUGCUUGGGUAAUUUUUGUGCAAGGUGUAACUGAAGUAUGCGUAUUAGCACACAGGGCCGAGGUGACUCUUGAGUUCACCACACUCUGGGACCUGCUUACUAAUUUUCUCUAAUAAAUGUUUAAUCACUGAAUUUAGUUUCA